AUUGGUAAGUGUUAGGAGCAGAGAAUAGGAUUUUUAGAGCUGAGGAUAGCGGUUCAGGAUGAGAAUGGGCGCUAGACUUGAAAUUGGGUGAUCAGGAUUAAGGAUGGAUAGUCAGGAGUCAGACAGUAUUUGGGGCUCAAAAUUUGAGGCUCAGACCCUCAAAAGUAAAGUUUGAAUUAAGGAUAGAGCUAAUCCUAUGGGGAAGGGUUUAGUAAGGAAAGAAGAAUUUUGGAUCCAUGUGUGGGUUGUGAAGAGGGAAUAGGAGCCCGGGCAUCCCUAGGGCUUGGAUCGGUUUGGCAGUGAGCCCCAGUCUAGCUCCUCCCCGCGCUCCACUACUACGGUACCUGCAGCCGCCAUCAAUUUUCGAAGACAUUCCUUGCCGCCCCCUGGACGGAGGACCCGAGCCGGCUCGGCGCGCGGGCAGAGCAGCUCCGCCUCUGGGGGUUUUCCCGGUGCGGGAGGCGGGCGGUCGCGCGCCGUCGCCCGUACUAACCGUACUGUCGGUUCCAGACGGUGCGGGCGCCGGGAGGGAGGACGCCACCUCCUCGAGACACCAACUCGGCGCCCACCGCGGCUGUGUCCCCAGACCUUCCCGCCGAGCGGGGGAAGGAAGCAAAAGCCUGGGAGAAACCGGCUGGACGGCACGUUCUGGAGCCUGGGAGUAGACAGGGAGAGGCAGCCCCGAGAUGAGGCGGAGCUGGGGACCCCGGUUCCUCGCGCUCUCGUUCGCCUUGCUGGCCCAGCUGACUCUGCCAGGCGAUGGCAACGAGGGCAGCAUUACUGGGAGUUGUCCCUGUGAUGAAGUCAUUUCUUCCGGCUCCCCUCUAAAGGCUGGGCCCAUGGGACAUCUCCGAAAGCAUGUGAAAGUCUAUCACCGCUGUGCUUCGUAUGUCAGGUUCCAGCUACCAUUCCGGAGUGUGUGUGGGGGCAGCAAAGACCAGUGGGUUCAGGAACUGAUGAGCUGCUUUGAUCGCAGAGAAUGUGGACAUGCUCACUUCAGGAAGGUGCCCCCCCAGGAGCAUUUACCUCCUCCAAGGACCCAGAUUGUUGACCCCACAGAAAAGGCACCGUCAGACAUGGGAAGCCCUGGGCAGACGUACUUGCCACCCACCUUGAAGUCUACCCAGCAGCCAACCAUUCCAGCAAGAGUACCAUCCUUGGACAAGCAGCUCACCCAUACCAGUGAAACCACUACUUCCACUGCAAGCGACAGCCUGGGUGGUGGGGAGAACCAGAAGCAGCUGAAAGAAAAUGUGGCUGGGCCAUCAGCCAUGGUGCCAGUGCUGUGCCUCCUGGCCAUCGUCUUUGUCCUCACAGGAGCCCUCCUGUAUGUGCUAUGCAAGAGGAGGAGAAGGCAGCUGCUACAGUACUCGCCAGAUUUGCAGCUUCAUUAUGCACCUGUGUCACCAGACUCCACUGCUGGGGCUAAGAAUGGAAGCUUGUGAGGGUAAUGAUUAUGAUUUACUCAGUACCUCUGCAUGUAAUGCACUAGAACAAACUCUGGUACACAGUAGGUGCUCUGUGUGUAUUUAAUAUUUAACACAUGAUUAAGCAUUCACCUCCCUCUCUUCUGUUUUGUUUUCUAUGUCAUAAUGUAUAAUCUUCCUUUUACACUGAGUACUAUCUUGGACAAAUCCUGUGUUAUUUUAACUACUAAAAAUUAUUUUAUUUUUAUAAUUUUUGACUCUUCUUUCUGCAGACCCUGGCCUCAUGUGCUUGCCCCUUUGCCUCAGCUUCUCUGCUGAUGGUUCCCCAUUUCCCAAGUCUCUCUUCACAUUACACCAGUUGUUCCUCUCCGGCUUCAGCCCUCUCCUUCUUCCUCCCUCGGCCUCACAGUGAAGGUUUGGGCUUCCCAUCCAUUAUCCCUUUUCAGCAGCCACAGACAGGCUGGUUUUACUUCCUCAAUCCUUUGCAUCACCCAUAUGUGCCCCAGUGAGAGUCUGAGCUCCUUGUUUUUGUUACUGUUUUUAUUAUUAAAACCCUUAGUUCUUGUUUUGUCUCUUCC